GUAAAACAGAAAAUGAACUCCUUUUCUCGGUGUUUUGCGGACGUGAAUGGUUCCCUAAUAAACACAAAAUAAAUCCCAGCCAUGGUGCGUAUGAAUGUAUUAAGUGACGCCCUUAAAUCCAUAAACAAUGCUGAAAAGCGUGGCAAGAGGCAGGUACUCAUCCGCCCGUGCUCCAAAGUUAUAGUUAAGUUUUUAACAGUAAUGAUGAAACAUGGAUAUAUCGGCGAAUUUGAAAUUGUGGACGACCACAGAAGUGGGAAGAUCGUGGUAAACUUGACAGGACGUUUAAAUAAAUGCGGUGUGAUUUCACCUAGGUUUGACGUACCAAUCACACAUAUUGAAAAAUGGACAAAUAACCUUUUACCUUCACGUCAGUUUGGAUAUGUUGUACUGACUACAAGUGGGGGUAUCAUGGACCAUGAAGAAGCUAGAAGGAAACAUCUGGGAGGCAAAAUCCUUGGGUUUUUCUUCUAAUGUAAAGUUAUUUAAUAAAUCUUAUUAAAAAAUGUGAUGUUUUU